AUGGAUCUCAGACUUCGCUUCAGCCGCUCCGUCAGCAAGACAGAGAUCUCCUCAGUCGGCAUCUCCCCAUUAACCUCAGCAGCCUUCGCAAUCUACACAGCAGCACAAACAGCCCAAUCCUGGAUCGACGUCUUUGACCCCAAGAACGGAAACGGCUACUCCAAGACGAGCGGCUCUCGCGCUGUCUUCUCGGCUCAGGGGUCUCGUUUGGCGACUGUGAGAGAUUGGACUGUUCAGCUUCAGGGAGGUGUUGAUUUUCACCACUCCAGCACUGUUUUCCUAAGGGACUACGUGAGUGGGAAGACUGUGCACGAACUCAAGGAGGCUAAGGGCGAGCCUAUCGCUUGGAGCAGAGAUGGAAGGCUCAUUGCUGUUGGAGAGGCGAAGGAUCGUGUUGGAGUUUGGGAUGUCAAGAGUGGGACGCGAGUUGGAAGGGUUCUGAGCCACAUCGACGCAAUCACCCACGCUGCUUUCCUCCCUGAUUCUAGCCUUGUCACAGCCUCUCGCGAUGGAACACUAAGAAUCACCAACACGACGACUUGCAAGACGAUGCGCCGUCUCGAAAUCGAUGGGUCAAACAACCCCCGCGCUCUAGCCGUAAGCCCCAACGGCCGCCGCAUCGUUUCAGUCUGGGGAACAAACGUCCACAUCUGGAUCCCCUCAGCCAAUGACUUGACAUCCUACAAUCUCAACGCGGUGCGAAGCUGCGAGGGAUGGCCACUGGCUAUCUCGCCCGACUGCCGCUACAUGCUCUGCAGAACCGAGGACGGCUUUGACAUUAUGGAUGUUGCGACGGGAUCGGUCAUCUAUGAGGAGAUAAUGGAGGAGAUGGUAAUGUCUGGGGCUUUCGCUGAGGAUAGUAACAGCUUGGUGCUUGGAAGGAUGGACGGAGUUGUGGAAGUAAGGGAUGUUCUUGACAGGAGGGCUUGA